AGAAGAGUUUGACGCGUAUCAUGCGUACAAGCGUACGUAUGUACGCGAACAGCAGUCAGUGUGGUUAGAAGUAACGGACGAGCAGAGAGUGCGAUACACGUCAGGGCUCUUAUUUUGAUUCGUGGAGGGGGCUCACCUCGGGAAAAACGGGCGGCCGAGUCCGAAGGAUUUGCUAGGGAAAGGUGAAGGAUACGACGAUAAAAUAUGAUACAUGCUGGAAAUGGGGAUGUUGUGUAUUUGGAACAGCUAGGAAAUCCGAUGGAGAGUGACACAACAGAGAAGGCAGUGUCAAAAAAGUGCGAGGGGCAGCUGUCUUCGAUAAAGGCAAACAGCUGUUCAUCCUACAAAAGUGCAAAUCGUACGACAGAAAUGGCACACGAGGACAAUAAUCUGAACUGGAACAAUCUUCCCAGCAUCAUUCUGCAGGAAAUAUUCUCAUAUUUGCCGUACAACUGCCGGUUACGAGCCUCCCAGAUGCUUGGCAAGCAAUUUUGAACUUAGUGUGCAAGAAGUUACAAUCAUCUGUGAUAUAUCAAAUUACUGUGCGAAAGAGACAUUAGCUCUCUUGAAAAAAUUAAGAUACAACAGGCAACUUCGUAAAUUGUUUUUGGACCCUAGCAAUAGUACAUUCGACUGUGAAGAUAACACAAAAUGGGCGUUGGUUAAUUCUCUCAUAAACAUUAUAAAAAAAUCUGAUCAUUUAGAAGCUUUGAGUUUAGGAUGUAUAGAAGAUUUAACAGGGAGCGCUAGGCAAAUUCUUGUACAUCUUCGUAACUGCCAAGCAAAGCACCUAACAACUCUUAGUUUGGCAUCAGUCAAGGAUGAUCCUGAUGAUUAUAACGUUUUAAAUUCUGGUUAUGGACAUAUGUUUAAUUCGUUCACCAAACUGUCUAUUUUAACGUUGGAUUAUGAGUUCUUGAGCAAUUCUUUGCUAAAGGCAUUGAACAGCGGUACCAUGGAAAGACUUGUAAUUCAUGUGCAUGGCUGGCAUUAUCAAUAUUCGGGACCAACUGAUAGUAGUUGGCAGACAUUUGUUCAAAAAAAUCCAAAAUGCGAGUUGCGACUAAAUCUUAUACACUCUUAUGUUGGUAUUGAGAAAUUAGACACAAACAUACUUCGCCCUUCCAUGCCUCUUACACAUUUAAAAGUGUUAUUUUGUGAAAACGUUAAUAUCAGAGCGUUACAUCGACUAUCCAGGUGGUAUUCGCUUACUUUAAAAUCUUUAAUAUGGAUCGACUCGGUACAACCUUUAACGAGGAACAUACCAGCAACGUAUGAUCCAAAUGAUCCUCAUAGCCCUGAUCCAUUAGUAUUAGUUGCAUGGAAGUGCACCAAACUUGUGGAACUUGUAUUCAUAGGCCACAAUUAUCAUCAAGAAAAUUUAUUAGCUAUUGCACGCCUACGUGGAGACUCGCUUAAAUCGCUAGUAUUUGCACAAAGAUUCAUUGCCUCUGAUACUGAAUCUUGGCAUAAGGCUGAAACUAUCACACAUGAAAUAAAAGAAAUAAUGGGAAACCAAUGGGAACCACUAAGUGAUGCAGAUUUACCUGCAGUUGUUAAAAAUCCUUUCGAAGGUGAUAGCAGGGAAGUUAUCAUGCCAUUGGUCCUUCGUGACCAAAAGUAAAUUUUUAUUUGUACCAACGAAACAUUACUUCCCGAUACCGUACAUUACCGAUCAACGUACAUCGUCAACAAUUUCUGGGCGAGCUACAUUCUCAGAAGUAACGUUAUAUCGUUAUAUCCUUUAUUUUUCUAUAAGAAUUGUUUUUACGACAACUACGAAACAGUGGAUAUGUGUAAAAUCGUAGUUUAAAGUCAGUAACUGAUGGAUACAAUAUUGCCUACCAGGUAAGAAUCACACAGUUCCAAUGUGUAAACAGCGAGGGCAAAAGCGCACACAAGUUCUCCUUUGCAAUGAUUUUAUUAAUUUUCACGAGAACAUGAUAAGCCAUAGUUGAAUACGUCUUGUUUAUGUCUUGUGUAAGAUGAUAAUCUAAAUUUAGUACAAGUCAUCCCCUAUCUUUGUUUAUCAAAAUGAAGAUCGAAAGUUUUCGUUGGUUUUCCCUAUGAAAAACCUUUCGUGUAGUCGCGUUUUCUUGCUAACAACGGUGGUCUCAAAACGAUCAAAAUAAGAGAGUUAUACGUAACAAUGAAAUGAUCGUUCCUCUCAUCGAUGAACAUUAGCGGGGAGAAAGAGUAUACAUAUGUAACAUACGAGUAUAACGAUAUUCUUAAUAGAUACUAAGAACGAAACACUUACAAGAUAAUGAAGGUUUCAUCAAUGCGGACCUCCGAUGAUGUGAUGUUAUCACGGGAAAAUAAUCUCGAAUGUGUGAAGGUGAAUAUGUUACUACCAAUGAGAAGCGAUUAUUAUAUGAAACAGAAGUGAAAUGGGGAAAAUUGAGACUAAAUGAGAGAGAGAGAGAGAGAG